GCAGGCCCCCGUUUGGGUUCCUCCCACAAGGGAACGGCGCUCGGGCGAGGAAUUCUGGCUUUGAAGAUGCCGGCGCGAGAUGGCGUCGCCCUCGGGCUUCUUGUUGCCUCCAUUCUGUGGUUGGUGCCUCGACCCACGCACGGGGGAGGCGGAGCUUGCGAGCUCAGCGUCCGCCACAGCGACGUCUUAUAUAACUACAGCCUGGCGUCGCCGACCGACAAAUUCCCUCACGGCGUUCUCAGCGAAGACGGGUUUUACAAAGUGACUGUAAAUGAGACAUCACUCUGGUUUCAGCUAUGUGAUCAGAUGAUAUUCAACCAUGAUCCCCCAAGAUGUUAUGAUUGCCAGGAUUGUGGAGGUCCAUCACGUUGCGGUACGAUGUGCAAUGCACUUGUGGCAAACAGCGUAGGAGGAUACUUUGUUUGUACAACCAUUGGAAGGGCUUCAAAUCUUAACGUUGCUCUCAUUGAUCAGAACAGUCCUCAAAAAGGUGUUGUUGUCAAGACAUCAUCAAUUGGCCCCAAGGUUAAUUGUUCACUUUCUGUUUCAGUCUUUUGUGAUUCAAAUGAAGCACAGGUGUCAGAUACUUUCAACAUAACAGGAAAUUGUGACUAUGCUGUAGUGCUCAGGCAUCCAUCUGGUUGUGCAAAAGUUAUUUAUGUAAAUGGAAAAGGAUGGGGAUGGUUUGGAACAUUAAUGAUGAUAAUUUUGUGCCUUCUUGUAGGCUAUGUUCUUGUAGGCACAAUUUAUAGGUUCUUUUUCCUGGGAAUUCAGGGCAUAGAAGCUAUUCCAAACUUAGAAUUUUGGCUCAGUUUGCCAUAUAAAGCAAGCAGUAUGCUUAGAGGUUUAGUGCGAAGGUUCAGCAGGGAUAGUCGAGGUUCCUACGCCCCGGUAAAUUAUUGAGGAGCAUUUGUCAUCAGAUAUCAGUCGCUUCCUUGCUAGUUUUGGCUGUUGUUACACCCAUUGUUCUGUGGACAAAACUAUGAUAUGCAAUUGGAGCAUAGCAAGAGGAUUGCUAAGAUCAUGGAUGCAAGUUUUGUAUCUUUGUUAGUUGAUUGAUUGUCAUCUCUCAGAAACUGGGAGUUCAACUUUGUGGAAUCUUGUGUUUUCAUCAGUAUAUAUCAGUAUAUUUCAUCAG